AUGGUGGAAAUCGAAGUGCGUUUGCUACGUGGCUCGGUCUAUCUUGCCGGCGAAACAAUACCUUGCCAAAUCACUUUUACAAACACCGCUAAACGUGGAGCUACGAGCGGCCAAGAAUCGCGCACAAACCACGUAAAACCUUCACAGUUUAGUCGCAAGAAAGUUAUGGGAAUAGAGACUAUAGCUUGGGCUAGCGCUCAAAUACAUUGUCAGUGCACUAUCAAUGAUUCUCGCGUUAAAAUUCCCGAACAUGACCAAAAAGGUUUGCACGAGUCGGUCAAUAAAAACGAAGAUGCUACUACGUGUUUUAUGCCGUCGAAAGGUUAGUUUUUAGCUGUAUAAAUAUUUGUAUUUGUGCAUUUCUCUCAUUUGUCGUGGGGAGAUAUGCGUAGUUUGUCUCAAAGGCCAAUAUUUUUGUUGGAGGGCUUUCUAGAUGUUUGUGACAUUUCAUUCAUUCCUGACUGUUUAUUAUGUGUUUAUUACGGUUUUUUAUAUUAUUACUUGUCUGUAUAUGUAUAUCAGCUCAAAACAAAUCGACUUUCAAUGCUGUUGGCUAUUCCAUUAAAAGUUAAUUGUGAAUAUAUGAUUUUGAAAAUUUACCCAGAUUAAAACCAUAUUUUGAGGGGAAGGGUGUAUCCCCCAGCACCCCCCCCCCCUCUGCUGUCAAGAAAAGUCAUGACAAUGAGUCAAUCUUGGGAACAUGAGUGGAUAUCUGACUGUUACUGGAGGGGAAAUGGUGACCUCCUAAAAACAUGCAACCCCCCCCCCCCUGAAAACCUAUAGCCCACAUUACCCCUCUCCCUGCCCAUAGCUUCUUUCUGCCCCUUUAUUCAAGGACAGAGAUUCUGUCUAAACUGUAUUCUUAGCCUGCAUUACAGACAGUCCGUCCACUGUGGAACACAUAAAAAUGUGUGAGGCACCUCCUUCACCUCGCCUGUUUUUAGGUGUUCUGCGGCAGGCUGACUGUCUGCCACCCAGACUACUGUGUUUUUAAUUUGUGUUGCAAUUUAAUUUUUAUACGUAGGUGAGCGUGGUCGUUGCUUACUAUCGACAAAACCAAAGAUUUUAUUUUGUGACCUAACAUUGGCAGCUGGUGAAUCUAAAUCAUGUAUGUAGAAUCAAAAUGUUUGAUAAUAUUCUUUAUGUCCAAUUAAUUUAUUCACUCGGGAUAUUUUUUGUAUUAAUUUACUCACUCGGGAUAUGAGCGUUUCGAUACAAUAAUUUAAUGGUGCCAUGCUAAGUCUGGAUAUGCUUCUGUAGUAACAAGUGCUGGAUCAACAAGAGAUGGCCUUUACUGAACUUUUAGUCUGUCUAAUACCAGACAAUCUUACUUGUCAAGGGAGAGUGCUGCCACUCAUUUGGUUAACUUGUGUUGUUGUAUACAUUCUAGACUUUUAUGAGGAUGCAGUGCCAUUUGAUUCACCACCAUCGUACAAAGGUUUAGCUGUAAAAUAUUGUUAUAAAAUAACUGUUGGAGCUGGUAGAUUGCAGUCAAGUACACAAUUAGUCCGACUGCCUGUGAGAAUAUUAGUGUUGGAAGGUAAGUUGCUGUGCUAUAUGAGAUUUCCUUGUAUACAAAUUUUCUGGGGUAAUGCACCUCUUGGGGGGAACAGUGUAGAACUGAUGAAGGACCUUCGCUCGAAACGUCGAAAUUCUCUUUAUAAUUUACCAAUGAAAGCUUGUUCAUUAACAAAGUUAGUUUAUAAAUUAAUAUGUAUUUUUUAGGACUAAAAGAGUUACGUCAUUAUACUUCAUUCAAUGAAUGUUCGUCCAAUCCAUUUUUAAAUGGCAACAUGAAAACAAGAUCAUUGUUAGAUGUUGCAGUAGAAAAGUUGACCACAAUAACCUGUAAGAAAAGUCAAUGUAAGUGAAUAACUGCUGUUGACACCAUCUGCUUCACCAUAGCAAUGAUAACCCUUCCAGAAAGUAUGCCACUUUGGCCGCAGAGCCUUGCUUUCGUGUAUGUGGCAUUAGUUAAACGUCUCAAUCGCGAAAAUGAGGCCCUGUAGCCAAGCUGAUGUGACAUACUUUCUGGAAGCAUGUAUUUCCACAUCUGAAUGUCUUGUGUUUUUUUCUUGCAGAUAUUUAUAAUGUGGUGAACAAAAAUGGUCUUGUAGGAUGUUUUAUUUUAUUCAAGUCAGCUUAUAGAAUAGGAGAUGAAAUUUUAGGAAUUUUUGACUUUAGGGAAUGUAAAGUAAAAUGUACAAAGGUAACUGAAGUCGUACAAACUUUUAUUUAAAAAUAUAUAAAUAUUGUCUAUUUGUUGGUAAGAUGAUUUAGUAAAAAACAAGCACAAGUGUUUUAUCAGAUAUAAAACAUGAGGUGACAGCUGGGUGUGUUAUAUUUGAUAAAGCACAGACCAUACCUUUCAAAAUGAGUACUUUCAAAAUGAGUACCUUCUUUCUCUGACAUUAUCCAAUCUUCUCUAUUUCUGUAGUUAAUAGUAACUCUACAGAGUGAGGAACAUGUCUGCGAUGAAUACAAGAAAACUUCAUCAAAACAUUUACAUAGUCAUACAUCGUAUUCAACACAACAAGAAUUCUGUCUUUACUCAAAGAAAAUACAAGUUCAACUACCAAUACCUAUAACAGCUACACCGGAAUUUAAGUCUGAUAUAGGUAAGUAUGUGAUAACAUGGUGGAGUAUUACUACACUCUGUAGCCCAUCUCAUUUACCUUUAUUCUCUUGACUUGGCCAUACCAUCUUACUUUUUCGUAUCUUCUCUCUCAGUUCCGCCAUCUUCAAUUCCCCAUGUCUUCAUUUCUCAUUCUCUCUCUUCUUCAUACUUCCCUAUUUCCACCACUUCCAAUUUCUUCACUUGUUCUUCAUUCACUAAGUCUCAGCGUGAUAUUGGAUCACCGGUCUUACCAUCGUUUUGUACACCUGUGUCUUCAAUCUCAUUGGCAUCCAUUUGUCAAAUAUUAUUCCACUAAUAUUCUUUGAACUGUCUGUGCCAGUGUAGGUAAUGUCAAUACUAACGAAACUUUUGUUGGUAGUGAUGAAACUUCCUGAAAAAUACAAGGACCUUCGCUAGAAACUUCGAAUUUUUCCUUGUAUUUUUCAGCUAGUUUCAUUCCUACCAACGAAGGUUUUGUUACUAAUGAUCCUCCAUAUGUUCCCUACAGUCUUGCCUGUACGGUAUAACCACUGAUAUAUACACACUACCAAUAUAUCUCUGAGUUAUUUUUUUUGUUUUUUUUCUGUGCUGAUGUUAUGUACUCAGGUGAAUAUAAUGUUUGUGAUGUUACUCUGAGUGUAUAUCCACACCGGGCGAGCUUGAAAAAUAUGCCUGACCACGGUGGGAAUCGAACCUACGACCUUUGGAAUACUAGCCCAAUGCUCUGCCAACUGAGCUACGCGGUCAGGACGGUUCGAGUAAGUGAUAUUUCGGAACAGAAUCUAGUUCCUUCGAUACCAAUGUAAUCUAGUGAUAUGAUUUUUUUCUGUGCUGGUGUUGUGUACUCAGGUGAAUAUAAUGUUUGUGAUGUUACUCUGAGUGUAAAAAAAAAAAAAUCAUAUCACUAGAUUACAUUGGUAUCGAAGGAACUAGAUUCUGUUCCGAAAUAUCACUUACUCGAACCGUCCUGACCGCGUAGCUCAGUUGGCAGAGCAUUGGGCUAGUAUUCCAAAGGUCGUAGGUUCGAUUCCCACCGUGGCCAGGCAUAUUUUUCAAGCUCGCCCGGUGUGGAUAUACACUCAGAGUAACAUCACAAACAUUAUAUCUCUGAGUAUUUAAAAAGUAUAAUAACCUAAACUUUUUUUAUGUUUAUAGUGGAUGUACGAUGGAGAUUGCAUUUCGAGUUUUAUCUCUCCACCUCUGAACAACAAAUUGAAACAUCAGACGAGCACGACACAGCUGAAGUGUGUAUGGUCGCUCCUCCCUCUCUAGACAUUGAACCAAUGACCUGGGAUCUCCCUGUAAAGAUCGUCCCAUGUAACCCUGUUCAUGCCUCUGCUAUAUCACUGCUUAGAACUACAGCAUCGUCUGUAUUUUGA